AGAUAACACAUUCUGGAGACAACUCCCAUUGUCAGAGGCAUAAAAGAGCUGGGCUGGGGGAAUGAAACACACUCUCACCCGGGGAGCACACACCGUGGGAGCUGGGCUAAGGUUCUUGGCACUCCUUACCAUGGCCACUUACAGCUUCAGGCAAACGGCCUCCUCAGUGGUGGGGGGACCCGGGGGCUCCUCCCUCCAUUUCGGUGGGGGCUACCUGAGGGCUCCGAGCAUCCACGGGGGCUCUGGUGGCAGGGGGGUGUCAGUCUCUUCUGCCAGAUUCGUCUCUUCUGGCCUGGGCUGCGGCCUGGGGGGGGGAUAUGGAGGCAGCUUCAGCAGCAGCUUCAGUGGUGGUUAUGGAGGUGGUUUGGGGAGCGGCGACGGCCUCCUCUCGGGCAAUGAGAAGGCAACGAUGCAAAGCCUGAACGAACGCCUCGCCUCCUACCUGGAGAAAGUGCGCGCGCUGGAAGAGGCAAACUCUGACCUUGAAACCAAAAUCCGAGACUGGUAUCAAAAACAAGGGCCAAGCCCAGCUCGGGACUACAGUCCUUACUACAAGACUAUUGAAGACCUUCGAGAAAAGAUCCUCGAGGCCACUAUCGACAACUCGAAGAUCGUCUUGCAGAUCGACAAUGCCAGGCUGGCUGCUGAUGACUUCAAAACCAAGUUUGAGACGGAGCAGGCUCUGCGCAUGAGCGUGGAGGCCGACACCACCGGCCUGCGCAGGGUCCUGGACGAGCUCACCCUGGCCAGGACCGACCUGGAGCUGCAGAUCGAAGGCUUGAAGGAGGAGCUGGCUUAUCUGAAGAAAAACCAUGAAGAGGAAAUGAGUGCCCUGGGAGGGCAAGUAGCCGGCCAAGUCAGUGUUGAGCUGGACUCUGCUCCAGGCAUUGACCUCACCAAGAUCCUGGCUGAAAUGAGAGACCAAUACGAACACAUGGCUGAGAAGAACAGGAAGGAUGCUGAGGCCUGGUUCCACAGCAAGACUGAAGAGCUGAACCGUGAAGUAGCCGUCAAUUCUGAGCAACUGCAGAGCAGCAAGUCCGAAGUCACUGACCUGAGACGCACCUUACAAGGGCUGGAGAUAGAACUUCAGUCCCAGCUCAGCAUGAGAGCCGCGCUGGAGGGCACCCUGGCAGACACGGAGGCACGUUUCAGUGCCCAACUGGCCCAGAUGCAGGGCCUGAUCAGCAGCCUCGAGGCACAGCUGGCUGAGCUCCGAGCCGACAUGGAGCGCCAGAACAGCGAAUACAAGACCCUCAUGGAUAUCAAGAGUCGACUGGAGCAAGAGAUCUCCACUUACCGACAGCUCCUGGAGGGCCAGGAGUCCCAGAUAUUUGGAUCCCUCUCUGGAACCACCGACAAAAGAGAGAAGCUGACAGAUGGAAAAUAGCGCUGAGAGUCCUCCGAACAUCACCUUCACAGCCAGAAAAUGCAGACAACACACAGGAACUGAAAGAUGAAUCACUCUAAACUGCUGGAAAUUACUCUCUUAAAGCACAGAAAAUUCUUGGCCAUACAAAGUUUAGGUAGAUUAAUCCUUUUAGGGGUAAUUAAUUUGCAAAUUAGCUUAGUUUUUCAAUUAUUUCUAGUUCUUUUAUGUACUGAAUUGCUGUAUCUACUCUAAUAAAGAUGAUCUUCUGCUUGCAA